CUGUUUCCAGUGUAAUGUGAAAGGGACGCCUAGUGUUUAUCUCGCUCUCUCUGGUCUGGACCCUCCCCCGCACUCAUCGGCGGUAGGUGUAUAUAUGGGGAGAGCAGGAUAGUGUUAUUCGUUUCCGCGGUCCCUUGUUUAUCCGGCUGCACACCGCAAUCUGCAGCGGAGCUGAGGAUGAGCGACCAGGGAAAGGGUUCGGCAUCCACUCCUACAGGGGCCCUAGCGCCGGGGUCGGAUACGUACAAAGGCUGGCUUUUUAAAUGGACUAACUAUUUGAAAGGGUAUCAACGCCGAUGGUUCGUCCUCAGCAAUGGCCUUCUGUCGUAUUACAGGACUCAGGCAGAGAUGGCCCAUACAUGUCGUGGCACUAUCAACCUGGCCACAGCCCAUAUCGACACGGAGGACGCCUGUAACAUUGUCCUGAGCAGCGGCGGUCGCACCUACCACCUGAAGGCCAGCACUGAGGUGGAGCGCCAGAGAUGGGUCACAGCGCUGGAGCUGGCCAAGGCUAAAGCCAUCCGCAUGAUGAACGACCAGUCUGAUGACUCAGGAGACGAGGAGCCCACGACCCAGUCGGACCGCAGUGAGGGGAUUCAGGGCACUCUGAAGACCCUGAUCAGCAAGCUUGAUGACCUCGGCACGUGUAACGACCUAAUCGCCAAGCAUGGGGCGGCCUUGCAGCGCUCUCUGAGUGAACUCGAGGCGCUGAGAGUCCCCGUGGAGGGAGGAGAGAAGGUCAAGGGUGUCAACGAGCGAGCCACCCUCUUCCGCAUCACCUCGAAUGCUAUGAUCAAUGCGUGUCGGGACUUCCUGGACCUAGCGGAGACCCACAGCAGGAGAUGGCAGCGGGCGCUGCAGUAUGAGAGAGAGCAGCGUAUUCACCUGGAGGAGACCAUAGAGCAGCUAGCCAAGCAACACAACAGUCUGGAGAGAGCCUGGAGAGAGGCCCCCACACUGUCCGCCAACACGCCCAGCGCCCCCACCACAGAGAAGGUAGGGAGUGAGAGGCUGCAGAAAGGGGAGGCGAGUGAUGAAGAUGAGGAUACAGAAUACUUUGACGCCAUGGAGGAGUCCCCUGCCUUUAUCACAGUGACCGCCACUGAGAACACACAGCACAGGCAUUCUCAGAGUAACCUGAGUGGAGCGAGUGGAGGCCAGACCAAUGACUGGAACCAGGAAAAUGAGUAUCCUAGCUCUAAUGAUUCAGGGAAGGAGCUGCAGCCCCUCAGAAGGAGGAGGAGCCACAUCCCAGACAAACCCAAUUACUCCCUCAACCUGUGGAGCAUCAUGAAGAACUGCAUCGGCAAGGAGCUCUCCAAGAUCCCCAUGCCUGUGAACUUCAACGAGCCUCUGUCCAUGCUGCAGCGGCUGACAGAGGACCUGGAGUACCAUGAGCUGCUGGACAAGGCGGCGCGCUGCGAGAACUCCCUGGAGCAGCUGUGUCUGGUGGCAGCCUUCUCUGUGUCCUCCUACUCCACCACCGUCCACCGCACGGCCAAGCCCUUCAACCCCCUGCUGGGGGAGACCUAUGAGCUGGACCGUCUGGAGGACUUCGGCUACCGCUCGCUGUGUGAGCAGGUGAGCCAUCACCCCCCAGCAGCAUCUCACCAUGUGAUUUCUCAGCGAGGCUGGACCCUCUGGCAGGAAAUCACCAUAGCCAGCAAGUUUCGUGGCAAAUACCUCUCCAUAAUGCCUCUGGGUGCCAUUCACCUGCAGUUCCACUCCAGUGGGAACCAUUAUGUUUGGAGGAAGGUAACCUCCACCGUGCACAACAUCAUCGUGGGCAAGCUGUGGAUUGACCAGUCAGGGGACAUUGAGAUAGUCAACCACAGGACCAAGGAGACAUGCCAGCUCAAGUUCUCCCCCUACAGCUAUUUCUCCAGGGAAGUCCCACGCAAGGUGACAGGGGUGGUGUCAGACAGUGGAGGGCAGGCCCACUACAUCCUGUCUGGCACGUGGGACGAUAAGAUCGAGAGCUCCAGGAUCGUCCAGAGCAGCAAAGGGGGCAGCGGCUCCGAGGGCAAGCAGAAGACAGUCUACCAGACCCUGUCCCCCAAACUGCUGUGGAAGAAAUACCCUCUCCCGGAUAACGCUGAGAACAUGUACUUCUUCUCCUCGCUGGCGCUGACGCUGAAUGAGCCGGAGGAUGGGGUGGGGCUGACGGACAGCCGGCUGAGACCGGACCAGAGGCUGAUGGAGGCGGGGAGAUGGGACGAGGCCAACUCUGAGAAACAGAGACUAGAGGAGAAACAGAGAGCUGUGAGGAGGAGGAGAGAGGCAGAGGCCACAGAUGCACUUGAUGACGGUCGGGAGUACGAGGGCUUCCAGCCACAGUGGUUCCACAAGAGGAUGAACGCCAUCACUGGAGAGACAAACUUUGUGUACAAGGGGGGAUACUGGGAGGCUAAGGACAGUCAGGACUGGAAUAUGUGCACUGAAAUCUUCUAAGCAUCGACCAGACACAUCCUACCCCCUCACUGGACUCACCCAGGCCCAGGAGACUGCUCUACCGCUGGGUGUGGGUGUUGACCUCUGUGUGCAACUGUGUACGUCUCACACACUCACAAUACAGUUUACCUCCCCACGGACACACACACUUCAUCUGUUUUACAGAGUCAAAGGAGAGAAGGGGCCUUCUAUAGGUCCUCCCUGACAACAUAGCACUGAGCUGUAUGGGGGUGUGAGAGAGAGGAGAGAUUGAAUACCAUAGAAAAUGGACCCAAUAGAGAUGUCCAAAAUAAUCAGGUGCUCGACACAUGCUUCCCACAAUGCACUAUUCCUCUGCUCAGCACAUAGUUUUUUCUGGGUUUUAAUGAUUGAAUAGCAACCCAUCUAAAUCAGUUCUCCUCUCCUCCACUGUUGACUGGGAUGGGAUGAAGUCUAUCCUCUCUAACAGACAGACCGACAAACAGAAGUUUAUAGAAAGACAGUAUACUUUAAAAGGAUGGACAUUUAUUUUGAUUAGUAACUGGUAUCGGAAAGUGCAGUUAGGCACAGACUCCAAAGCUUGAAUUAGUUUGUCAUCUAUGUCCGUCUGCCUGGUAAAGAACUUAAGUUCCCUCUGUUAUUUUCUCCAUUGCAGGAGGAACCAGGUUUAGACCUGCGUAUAACCAUAUAGAGCUCAGACCGUAACCAACGUGGUUUGACAACCAGAGUACUUUUCCAAACACAAACUGGGUAUAUUGUGAUACCUCCCAAACACAGUCACACUUCCACUCCACUGGUAAUUGAAUCUUUGUCUAUUGAGUUAAAUAAGCACUUUUCUUUGUGGGUUUCCACAGCUUAAUGCAUAUCCGUGUUGAUGUUGAGACUCCAGCCUGGGCACUGUACACUCACCCAGUCCUUUGGUGCUUAACCAUAGAAACACAUACACUUCUAUUGUGCAGUGAGUCAUUUAAAGGAUAUAAAUGGCAUUGUAGCUAGAACCUGCACAGCAAUUACUUGUCCCAAAAACAGAUCCAUCAUCCCACACAUGAAUAUCUAGGCAGAGUGUGAAUUCUACACCCCAGUGUAUAGUUCUACAGCCUAUAUGACAGAUCAGAGCCUGCUCUGGACCUGUAAUUGUAUUCCUACAGAACUGGCUGAUGUUGCUAUAGCACUGAAGGAGGCCCAUGGUGGCUACUGACAGCAUAUUGGCAUCUUACCACAGACAGACAGCAUGCUCCUCAGGCCUCCCAUAGCAUACCACUGUUCAGCCAGGGAGGGCUGCUAGUGGAGACACUGGCUCCCAGGCACUGACCCAGGUUCACCUGAGCAUAAACCUAGUCCUAACUCCUAGUGUUGAAGAGCUGUGGACAGGCUGAUCUGGGAUCAGCUGGUGAAGGCACUGUCAGUAUUUUGCCUUUAAGAACUGAUUUGUGCACUACAUGUCUUAGGUGACAGGAUUCUUGACAAAGUGUUAGUAUAUUUUGUAAUUACUGUUAGGAAUGUAGUAUUUGGGCUGGAAGUAUUGUACCUACUGUCUGGCCUUUUGUGUGAAUAUUUUGUGAUAACAAGAUAAUAACAAGACAAUAAUAUGAUUAUAAAACAGUUCUAAUAAUAAUCGGAACAAUAAGUCAUGUUUAUAGUUUAAAUCUGAAGUUUUAAUGAAAAGGUACUGUUACUGUACCUUCCAGCCAGUUAGAAGUUGCUUCUAACUACCGCCCACGGUUUGGUUGCAGAUUUAAUGUUUUGUAUUAAUAGAGACUUACUCUCACACUGAAAAUUAUUUUUAUACAAAGUUGUUGAUAUUGACAUAUUGUUUACUUGGUUUAGAUUUGCAGUUCACAAACAAGCAACCACAUCUGACAGUGCCCCUGGUGUGGCCCAUAAGGUUUCUGAGGUCAGUUGUUACAGAGAUCUGGUAUGUGCUCUGGAAGGAAGUGGACGACACACAGAAUACCAUCCUCAGCCCAACAUAUCUGUCUGGAGGGCUAUAGGGAUUGCUGGGGGUGCAUACAAACUAGAAAAUACUCAUCAAGCAACUGCUGAAUGUAAUGUGAACCAGGAAAAUGUGAAAGUUUAAACUGUGAGAUAAUAAUUAUCCCCCAAUCACUUUCAUGCUCCCAACUGCUUUUCAUUUGAACUCAGAGUAACCCUCCUCCACCGGAAGCCUAUAAUAUAAAGUCUCAACGGGGCAGAGAAUUAGGUUGUUACAAGCACAUUCUGACCAGGCACUUACUCUCUUUAACCCCGUGAACAACAGCCUCCAUUUUCUGCACUAUUUAUGUUUGGUUCCAGUUGAUCUACUUUGUACCCAUAACCUUUCAGCAGACACACAGGCACUUAUACAUUAGUCACAUAACCAUAACACACUCACACAUGUAUAAGUACUGACCACAUUGGCAAGAACAGUACAUUAUUAGUCGAAGAAAUCAAGUGGGUACAGCAGGAUGAAAUGGUUCCCCACAUUGGAAUGAAUUCUCACUAUUCUGGACCCAAUCACAGUAAGGGGUUUUAUAUAUUGUAAAUGUGUCAUUGUAUAGACAAUACUACAACGUCAUGUACAGUAUUACUGGGCGAGAAACAGUAUUGAAAUGUGGGGAAGAAAGAGUAUGAUGUGCAGGGCAAGUAUAACUUUUUUCUCAAUCAUCAACUCCUUAUAGAUUUAGUUUACUAUAUUGGGUUUGAAAUAUAAUGAGUUUUAUAUAUGAAUAUACAUAUAUUAUAUUUUGAAUGAUGAUAAACACAUAAUACAUUUUAAUCAUUUAUUUUGAAUAUCCAAAUGACGUCACCUCAAAGAUGGGUGGGUGUGGGUUGCUAGGUGCCCCAGCCAGGGCCUGUGUAAGAGACUGAUUAGUAGCAAUAGUGGUGAUGUUUAGAUGAUUUAUUCAUUCAUGACACUUGUUGGGGUAAAGAAGAUGUUCAUCUCUGCUCUGUGCAGAAAGGAAAAACUGAACAACCAAAGCAUCUGUGCAGUGUAAUGUAGCCUAAAAGACUCUUUAUCUGCCUUCCUAAUGACAUUAUCUUUUUCAUUUUACCAACACUUAAUUCAGUAUGGUUUGAUUUACCCAAAAACACUUUUUCAAUAUUUUUAUUUUCUCAUUUGAACCUUUAUUUAACUAGGCAAGACAGUUAAGAACAAAUUCUUAUUUACCAUGACGGCCUACACUGGCCAAACCCAGACGACACUGGGCCAAAUGUGCACCGCCCUAUGGGACUCCCAAUCACAGCCUGGAAUCAAACCAUGGUGUCUGUAGUGACGCCUCUUGCACUGAGAUGCAGUGCCUUAGACCACUGCGCCACUCAGGAGCCAAAAUCCAGUAUGGUUUGAUUUACCCAACAACACUUAAUCCAGUAUUGUUUGAUUUAACCAACAACACUUAAUCCAGUAUGGUUUGAUUUACCCAACAACACUUAAUCCAGUAUGGUUUGAUUUACCCAACAACACUUAAUCCAGUAUGGUUUGAUUUACCCAACAACAUUUAAUCCAGUAUGGUUUGAUUUACCCAACAACACUUAAUCCAGUAUGGUUUGAUUUACCCAACAACACUUAAUCCAGUAUGGUUUGAUUUACCCAACAACACUUAAUCCAGUAUGGUUUGAUUUACCCAACAACACUUAACCCAGUAUGGUUUGAUUUACCCAACAACACUUAACCCAGUAUGGUUUGAUUUACCCAACAACACUUAACCCAGUAUGGUUUGAUUUACCCAACAACACUUAACCCAGUAUGGUUUGAUUUACCCAACAACACUUAACCCAGUAUGGUUUGAUUUACCCAACAACACUUAACCCAGUAUGGUUUGAUUUACCCAACAACACUUAACCCAGUAUGGUUUGAUUUACCCAACAACACUUAACCCAGUAUGGUUUGAUUUACCCAACAACACUUAACCCAGUAUGGUUUGAUUUACCCAACAACACUUAACCCAGUAUGGUUUGAUUUACCCAACAACACUUAACCCAGUAUGGUUUGAUUUACCCAACAACACUUAACCCAGUAUGGUUUGAUUUACCCAACAACACUUAACCCAGUAUGGUUUGAUUUACCCAACAACACUUAACCCAGUAUGGUUUGAUUUACCCAACAACACUUAACCCAGUAUGGUUUGAUUUACCCAACAACACUUAACCCAGUAUGGUUUGAUUUACCCAACAACACUUAAUCCAGUAUGGUUUGAUUUAGCUUUAAUAUCUAUGCUUUGUUUUUCUUUUCUUUUUUUCACAUCAUGGGUGCCAUUGUCUUUCAUUUACAUACUGUAUUUGUAUAUGCACAAUAAGAAGUGUGUGUAUCACAGA